AAAACUGCAGAGAACAAAGAAAGCCCUAAAGGAGUGGAGUGCUAAGUCGGUAACAGAGAUGGACAGAAGAAUAAAGGAAGCUGAAAAUAUGAUAGCCGAGAUAGAUGAGAAAGGAGAGAACAACCAGCUAUCCACAGAUGAGAUUGAAAUGAGGAGAAGCAGCUUUCUUGAUUUGUGGAAGAAUUUAAGAAUCAAGGAGAGGAUGUCGCAACAAAAAUCAAGGAAGAUGUGGCUAAAAGAAGGAGAUGCGAAUACAAAAUUCUUUCACAAUUGCAUCCAAGGAAGGUGGAGAAGAAGUGAAAUAAAUUAUGUACAGAUAGAUGGUGAACAGUUCACUAGGGUGACAAAAAUUAAAGAAGAGGUGGCUAAAUAUUUCCAAACAUUGUUCACAGAAGAAAGAUGGAAGAGACCAAAGCUAGAUGGGGUUAGCUUCAAGCAAGUAUCACAAGCGGAUAACGAGCUUCUCAAGAGAGUAUUUUCAGAAGUGGAAGUUAAAGAAGCAAUAUGGGAUUGCGAUUCUUCCAAAUCUCCAAGCCCAGAUGGAUUCAAUUUCAGAUUCAUUAAAGAGAUGUGGGAAGAUAUAAAGCCGGAGGUAGUUGCUUUCAUUCAGGAGUUUCACAAACAUGGUAGAAUUGUCCGUGGAUCCAAUGCAUCCUUCAUUGUGUUAAUCCCAAAGACAGAAAACCCCCAGAGAAUUGAAGAGUAUAGACCCAUUUCUCUUAUAGGGGUCAUGUACAAGAUCAUAGCAAAGCUGUUAGCGAACAGGUUGCGAAAGGUGCUACCCAAGGUUAUCGGGGAGCAGCAGAUGGCAUUUAUUGGGGGUAGACAAUUAGUGGAUGGUGUUAUCAUUGCAAAUGAAGUCAUUGAUGAGGUCAAAAGGAAGAAGAAGAAUUGCUUCAUAUUUAAAGUAGACUUUGAGAAAGCUUAUGACAAAGUAUGCUGGGAAUUUAUGGAUUACAUGAUGAUGCGGCUAGGAUUCAAUGAAACUUGGAGGAAAUGGAUAUUGGAGUGCCUAAGAUCAAGUUUGGUUUUUGUUCUAAUUAAUGGUAGUCCAACAAAUCAAUUCUCGGUUAGCAAAGGCAUACGACAAGGAGACCCGCUAUCGCCAUUUCUUUUCUUGAUAGUGGUAGAAGGGUUGAAUGGUUUAGUGGCCUCGGCAGUGGAAAAAGGAAUAUAUAAAGGAGUGAGGGUAGGGAAUGAAGGUGUCAUGGUGUCACAUUUACAAUUCGCGGAUGACACGGUAUUUUUCGAGGAGGCAACAAAAGAUAACAUAAAAGUGGUGAAGGCUAUUAUGAGGACCUUCAAGCUGGCUUUAGGACUAAAGAUCAAUUUCGGAAAAAGCCAUUUAAUGGGGAUGGGAGUAGCGGAGAGUUGGCAAACAAAAAUGGCAUACAAAUUGCACUGUAAAAAAGGGGAACUUCCAUUUAAAUACCUGGGAAUCCCAAUUGGGGGGAACAACAGAAAGAAAUCAAUGUGGCAGUCAAUGGUACAAUUAGUUGAGAAGAAACUAGCUAGCUGGAAGGGCUGAUACCUUUCUAUGGGAGGUCGUAUCACGCUCAUCAAUUCAGUGUUAUCUUCUCUGCCCGUGUUCCUAAUGUCAACCUACUUAAUCCCAAAAUGUGCACUCCUUUCAAUUGAUAAAAUUCAUAGACGUUU